CUUGGAGGCGGGGGUGCGCGCGGCGAGCUCUUGCCUGUAUCUUGCUCGUCUUCUCGUAGUCCUACAGCUCAGCCUUUCUAGUUCCCACUCUUCACUGCCACACAGACACUCUUUCUGGCCCGCAGUUUUACCGUAAUUGAAGAAAAAUGAUGGAAGAGAGUGGAAUAGAGACAACACCACCUGGGACUCCUCCACCAAGUUCAGCGGGACUGGCUGUCGCUGCCGCAGUGGCACAGCCGUCUUCCCCCCCAGCCCCUUUAGCUGCAGCCAGCGCUUUCUCUUCUCCGGGCGUGUCCUCUGUGCAGCCCCUGCCGCCACACACGUACUCCACCCCUCAGCAGUCCCUGCCUCCUGUGAGGCCUUCGCCACCCUUGCCCUUUGUGCCUCCUUCAGCGGUUCCUUCUGGUCCUCCACUCAUUACCUCUUCACCACCUCACGUUUCUCCACCAACUGCUGCUGCCUUCAGUAACCCUCCUUUAUCCCACUUCCCACCUUCCACUUCUGCCCCAAACACUCUCUUAUCUGCCCCCGCUUCGGGUCCUCCCACAUCAGGAUUCUCUGUCGGCUCAGCCUAUGACAUUACACGAGGACAUGCAGGAAGAGCUCCCCAGACACCCCUGAUGCCGUCUUUUUCUGCACCUCCGGUGACAGGUAUUUUGCCAACUCCCAUUACUCAGCAAGCUGGUUUGACAUCUCUGGCACAGGGAACUGGAACCACAUCAGCCAUCACUUUUCCAGAGGAGCAAGAAGAUCCUAGAAUUGGUAGAGGGCAGGAUGAAGCAUCUGCUGGUGGACUCUGGGGUUUUAUUAAGGGUGUGGCCGGGAACCCUGUGGUGAAGUCUGUGCUUGAUAAAACAAAACAUUCAGUGGAAAGCAUGAUCACAACGCUGGACCCUGGCAUGGCUCCAUACAUCAAAUCUGGAGGUGAACUGGACAUUGUAGUGACCUCAAAUAAAGAAGUAAAAGUUGCCGCUGUCCGAGAUGCCUUCCAGGAGGUCUUUGGCUUAGCUGUGGUGAUAGGGGAAGCUGGGCAGUCCAGCAUUGCUCCACAACCAGUGGGCUAUGCAGCUGGAUUAAAAGGUGCCCAGGAACGGAUAGAUAGCUUGCGUCGAACUGGAGUGAUCCAUGAAAAACAGACUGCUGUGUCAGUAGAAAACUUCAUUGCAGAAUUGCUUCCUGACAAAUGGUUUGACAUUGGCUGUCUGAUAGUUGAAGACCCUGUGCAUGGUAUUCAUCUAGAAGCAUUUACACAAGCUACACCAGUACCCUUGGAAUUUGUACAACAGGCUCAAAGUCUGACUCCCCAGGACUACAGUCUGAGGUGGUCGGGCCUUUUGGUGACAGUGGGAGAAGUCCUGGAGAAGAACUUACUCAAUGUCAGCCGGACUGAUUGGCAUGUGACUUUCACUGGCAUGUCUCGUCGGCAGAUGAUCUACAGUGCAGCCAAAGCGGUAGCAGAGGACAAUUUUCUUCGAAUCCCCAAACAGCAAUGGCAGAGUUAUUCUGUCGUUUGGGUACAGAUGAUUUUCCUGCACCUGGUAAUUUGCACCCUCUGCUCUUGUGAGUGGGUGAGGACUAGGGAAGGGCAGAUGGAAAAGAUAAAUACAUGAUCUCGUUCUGGCCCCUUAUUCCUUUUUUGGCCCAGAGUUAUCUUUGAAAGGCAUCAGUACAUGACUGACUCCACAGUCAACUUUCCCAGCCUCUUGUUUACUUUUUCAUUCUUGGAUUUCCCUCUUGUACAAGAAGCAAGAAAAGUAACUCAUUACCUCUCACACACCAGGGCAGCGUGAGCCAGGAGGUCUUUUACUGUUGGUAUUUUGGCAUGAGAUAUGCUGGUCAUCAACCUAAGGCCACGGCUCCCUUCACCAAUCAUCCAGCUGCCCUGUUCUUUUCUUGCUUGUUUCCUUAUAAUUCUUGACUAGCAUUUUUUAGGGAGAGUUGAGCUGGGGACUUUGCUUUUUUUUACCCUCGAGCAUCUUGGGACAACCUAUCUUUAACACAGUACUUUGCCACUACUAUUUUGGUCAUGUUUGUGUUAUUUUUUUUCUUUUGAAGUGCUCCCAGAACUACUUACUGAAUUUGAUAAGUUUGUAUACUUUUUUUAAUUAAGUGCUGUGAAAGAGAACAGGAAGAAAUGCAGGAAGAGUAAUUUUACAUCAGCCUCAAUUGACAGAAGGUACUCAGAUUAUUCAGAUCAAUAUCAUCUUGUUAUUAAGUUUAUCAGGUAACCCUGGACUUAGAGCUGGGCCCCAGACUUCUGGGUGGAAAAGUUUGAGCCAAUACCUUUAGUUUUCUCCUCUGAGUCUCUUAUUAUUACUUCCCCAUUCUUUGUUCUUUCUCUCAAGGAUUAAUGAGGUAGAAAAUUGAGAUGAAUGGAUAUAGACAAAAUGGUAGUAUGAUAGCAAAUAUAAGUAGAUAACAGAUGAAAGUGUAUUAUAUACAUUAAUUCAAAAUUAUGCAAAUUAGUAAUAUACUCAGGGUCAGCUAAAUUAGUUUAAGAUGUUGUUGAAUUUACUUUGUUCCUUGGCUAGAAAAAAUUCUAAACAGGAAUUUGUGCUCUGUGAAGCCAAAUUGGUAAUAUUCUGUGUUCUAAAAGAUGUUAGGUUAUACAUAAAUUAAGAAACUUGGAUUUUUACUCCCAGAAUAUGGUAUUGUUUUUUAAGAUACUAUGCAGGAUGAUAUAUUGGAUAAAGCCAAUUUUGUACGUAUGUAAAUAUGUCAUAAAUAAAAAAUACCUCGACUUA